AUGGGAAGUGCUGCCGCUGUCUCGCUGAUAGUUGGGAUGUCAAGCAUGGUUGGUUUCCCUUGGCCGUUCACCCUUGUUGUGGGGGUUCCCGCGUGGAUUUUGGUACUUGUUUUCAGCUUCGGCUUCAUGUUUGGGAGGAGGUUGCAGCAAGAUGACGCACUUCGCAAUCAGCUACAGAACUUUAUCAACCCUGUAAAUGUCCCCGUGAGUUUCAUGUACGAGUACCCGAUAUAUAUCCACGGGUUCGGGCGUGUGGGGGGUCUAGGCCAGAAUUUCUAUCUUAUCAUCCUGGCCGUGAUACGGAUUGUCGGAAAGAACACGAUUAGUUACUUCCUCGAUGCUAAGUACGACCUCAUGCCACAAAUGAUGACCUUCAACGUGGACGUGUUCAACUCAAUGUACAUCUCCAUCUCGAUCCAGAAUUCGAAAUCCAUCAGUGUCAUAUUCCUGUCUGUUGCGUUGGAUAUUUUGUUGGCAUGGAUAGCCAUGACUGACGUGAAAACCCUGAUGAAAAGUGUGGUCAUACUUCAGCAGAAAAUACCCAGUGGUCAUCCAUUGAAAUCUACCUGUUGCCUCGAUAUUGCCGCGGAGAUUAUCAGAAUGGACGACCAUACAAGGGUUCAACUUUCGCAACGGCGUUACGCCUCGGGUUUGGCGGUUUUACGACAACCAUACAUUGAACGCCAACAGCUUGCCCAGAGGACGACCCGGGUCCUUUUCACUACCGAAUUCGCCAUUCUGUGUCUCUACACAACGUGCAUCGUCCCGUUCGUUAUUGCUACUUGCACCGCAAUUCAGUAUUACCUACCGAACCACGACUACUAUUUACAGACCAAGGGUUUGGACGACACAAGUGUCAUAGCAAAAGCCCGCGUCGUGCUCAUCUUAGGUGUGGUCCAGUUCCUGCUGCUGCAAGUGAACGGCUUCACACUGCAACGAAGACUCGGCAUCUCCAUGUUGCACCUGCUCGGCUUUGUGCUGGACCACGGGAUGAUUAUAGUGCAAUCCAAUCUGUUCCUGUCGAUAUUUUACAACAUCCAGAACUCACUCGAGCCCAACGGGGCUGACUUCAGCCAACGAUUUAGCUGGCUCAACUCGACACCGUGA